CCGAAUCUCAAAAUCAUUCAAUGGGAAGAUUAUGAGCAAGAACUUGUUAGGCUUUUGAGUCUUUCUUCUGCCCUCCAACAAGCUCAAGAGAAAAAUCUUGCUCUUCGGCAUCGACUUGAAACCCUUAGUCAGGUUCAAGAAGAACUAAGUACGUCGGUUCAACAACUAAGUACAAAAAUUAGGAUGGCUGGCCGAUCAACCUCAAGAGAGAGAAGAUGACUGCAUAAGUGAAUCGUGGAGUAAAAAUCCAACAAGAAAUUGAAAGAUCCGUUAAUGGGAGGUAUAACAAUUAUAGUGGAAGCCAAGAGUAAACAACAGGGCUUAGCUUAGAAGAAAUGUUGUCAGUUCGAGCCGCAAUCAUAGAUGAGCUACGACUGACUUUGUUAAAGGCCCAACAAUGCAUGAAAGACCUCGCUAAUUCAAGGAGAAGGAAUGUGUCCUACGAAAUUGGGGACUGGGUAAAUUUGAAGCUGCAACCAUAGCAACAACAGUCCAUUGCAAAAAGAACUUGCGAGAAGUUAGCUUCUAGAUUUUAUGGCCCCUUUCAAGUGGUGGAAAAGAUUGAUAAGCGGGCGUUUACAUUGUUGCCAGGUAGAAUCUGAGUCCUUGUGCAGAAAGAAUGAACUUGAUGAGAUUUCUGAAAGAGUGCAAGAUAGGAAGUUGGUUAUGGAAAACAUGAUGAUGCAGGCAAAGGUGGUAAAAGAACAUGCUAACACAAAAGAAGAGCAUUUAGCUGUUGAAAUUAAGUCCCUACUCGUUUCAGGAACAACCCUUUCUGCUACACAAAAAAGCUUGCAGGAAUCUGGUCAACUACUUUUUGGAGAGAAGGGUCUUACUCGAUUAAAGUGUCUGCAGAAGAUGCUUAGACUGAGACAACAACAUUUGAUUUCUCAAGUUGCAUACCUUUAUCCUGUUAAGACCUUGAUUGGUGCAACGCAGGAGCUUGAACUUGAUGCCUUUCCAAGCGGUAGCAGAUCAGUGACAUUUGAUGGAACAAUUGAGAACAAGUCAAGAAAUAAAGGAGCCUUGACUAUUCUUGGGCUGCAGUUGAAUAUGCUUCCUUUUACGCAAAUAACUUUUUUCACUGAUAAGAAGCAGGUUCAGAAGUCAACGACUGCCUUAGGAUACAUUGCCCAUGCUAUCUCUCUCAUAGCUUCGUAUCUGCAAGUCCCUUUGCGAUAUCCUUUGCGAUUAGGUGGUUCUCAUUCAUACAUCAAAGACUUUGCACCAUCUAUUGAUAUGUCAGGAUCCUCUGUGACUGCGCUUGCUUCUGCGAAUAAGUCUUUGGAGUUUCCUCUUUUUUUAGAUGGGCAAGAUGCUACAAGAGCAGCAUAUGCUAUAUUUCUAUUGAACAAGGACAUAGAACAACUCCUGAAUUUUGUGGGGAUGAAUAGCUUAGGCCCUCGGCAUGUACUGGCAAAUCUGAAGGAGCUCUUUAGAACCAUUCUCUCGCCUGAUUUUAUAACAUACGAAUGAUAUAUCUUAACUCCUUGUAAGCUAAGUAUAGUUUUUGUAAAUGGUUUUAUAUCUGAUUCUCACUGUGGGUGCACUUUCUUUUUUACUUGAGCACCUUAUUAAAACUUGAAGCAAUGACACCGAGACGUGCAUUCUUUGGGAAGUGAGAAUACGAUGAAGGUUGGUGAUGCCAGAUAUGCGUGCCGACAGUUACAUAGCUGCAUUCUUUUUUUCUUCUUUUCUCUGUAGGUUAGUUUCUUAGUUCUCUUUCUGUGUUAAUUCUGUAUGCCACUGAGAUUUUCCGAGGAAAGAUUGAAGAAGAUGGAGUGGUUGAAGGAAAAAUACCAAAAUUGUGUUAAUAUAGAUUGUAGAUUAAUUUGCUUCUUCUGAUCCAAGUUCUGGCAACCUGACUCUUACGAAAAGGGUCAAGCUCUUUAUUUGCUUAAAGAGUUUGGCUUUUUGUUUUUAGUAUAAGGGAAGUAGAGGGUAAGUGACGGUGAUACUCGAAUCUAAAAGAUAUAAAAUAUACAUUUAUUUGUAUUGAGCAGAUAUGCGAAUUUAAAUUUGAAAAAAUUACCGUGAAAUACAAAUGUUUAUUAAUAUCUCUAUAAUAAUACUAACUUUUAAUUAAUUAUAAAUAAUAUUAACUUAGGGGAAGUUUCCUAGAAUAAUAAUAAUAUUUUUUAGUAGAUUAUUUGACAAAAAAACAAAGGUAAAUUAAUAAAUGUUGGUAUUAUUUUAAGAAAAUACACUUUUAAUUUAGUAUUAUUCAUCGUUAAUUAAAAGUGAGUAUUAUAGGAUAAUUAGCAAAAAUUUGUAUUAUUCACAGUAAUUUUUCUUUAAAUUUGUAACAUUAUGUCUAAACCGUAACUGAGAUAAAAUUAUUCCAGAGCAUUCUAUACGCCAAAAUAUACUGGUUUGAGAGUGACUUUGAUGCAACCGUUUAAGUACUUAGUGGUUUUAUGAUAUGACAUUAUUUAUUUUCAUAAUGAACUUAAAUAAUUUAUAAAUAACCUUAAAAAUGAUGAAUGAAAUUAUCUUAAGAGUUUUUUUAUAGUUGAUUUAUUAGUUUCUUUAUUACGUGCAAAUUCUUUUUGAAUAGAUCUUGUUUUGUCAUUUCCUGACUUAAAUAAUUUACAGAAGGAUGAACUUAAAUCUUAAAAAUCUAAUUUUAUUGGUAUUUCUAUGUGUCUUUUUGGUUAAAUGGUUUUUUUCUACAAUGCUUAGUUGGAUUUUAAUCAUCCAUUUGAAAUUACUCUUGAUAUUACUAUAUAUAAAUAAUAACAUAAUUAGACCUAUUCGAAAUGGUUGAUAUCAUAAAUAAAAUUUGAAAAAUAAAACUAAUAAUUUUAUUAACUUAUAAACUAAUUGGUCUUCACAAAUAUUAUAAAUAAUCAAAUACUUUUAGUAAAGUAUUUUUGGGACGAACUGUAACCAUGUGACGACGAUGAUAAAACUAAUAAAAAAAAUUAUGACUGACAUUUUUUUAUCAUAAGUAAAUAUAUAUUACAAGAUAUAAAAACAAGUAGAAAUAAAACCAAUACAUUUGAAUCGGUAUUUUUGUUAUUGCUACUUUUAUAGAAGAUUCCAAUAAAAGGCUACAACUCUUAUUUAAACAUAAUCAAUUAUGUCAUUUGAAAAACAGCUGAUUUUGGACGGGAUCGUCUCAAUAUGAGACAGAUAGCCUAAUCAGCCUAAUUAUUAAUUUUUCUCAAUAUGCGCUCUAUACUUGAUCUAUUUAAGGUCAUAAUUAAUACCUUUAAGGUUAAUAUUGAAUCUUUUAUAAGUUAUAAUUAAUCAUAAUUAAUCACCUUAAGGUCUGAAUUGAUCAUUUUUAGAUCAAAAUUGAAAAUCUUUAUAACAAAAAAAGCCUUGAACUCUUGGUCAUUUCCAAGAGCAUUCAUUUCAUCAAUUGGCAAACAUAAUUCGAA